AUGCUAUCGCGCAGCGCUCGUUCGCUGCCCCGAUCCUCUCGUUCCUCCUUCCCUUUACCUAAACCACGUCGUUCACUCGUAACAUCCCGCACACAUCUCUCACCAUCCACCUCACCCAAGACUCAAUCAGCAUGGGCAGCAGCUACCGAAUCAGCACACUCCGUCCUCACUCCCCCUCCUUCAUCUUCAGCAUCUUCCUCUUCGACAGCUACAUCCCUGGACGAUCCAUUAUCAGUGAUCAACGCUGAAAUCGGUAAUUUGAAAUCCUCAUUAUUUCGAAUGUUGGGAUCCUCAAAUUCAGCUUUGGAUACAGUUGCCAAAUACUAUUUUCAAGCUGAGGGUAAACAUCUACGUCCACUGUUAGUAUUGCUAAUAUCGCAGGCGACCAACGGAUUAGGUGGGAAGGGAUGGGAGAGAAUGAAGUUGGAAAGUCAGAGUCGGAGAAGUAUAGAUGAUUCACUCACUUCCCAGGGGGGUGUAUUAAACGAUUGGAAUCCUGAAGUUAACGGACAGGAAUCAAGUUCAAAUAGUCAGGUGUUUGCUAGUCCAUUUCAGAUAGCAAACAUUGGAUCAUCUACUACAUCUAUACCACAACCUCCAUUGAAUAUAUCGGAAUUCGAUAUGGCCCUACAGCAAAAUGAUCAACCAAUGAUAUUACCUACACAGCGGAGAUUAGCCAGCAUAACAGAAAUGAUUCAUGUAGCUUCAUUACUUCACGACGACGUCAUAGAUAAUUCACCAUUACGCAGAGGAGAACCAAGUGCACCAUCAACAUUCGGUAAUAAGUUGUCGAUAUUAUCUGGUGAUUUCUUACUUGGUAGAGCAUCAAUAGCCCUGGCCAGAUUAGGAAGUAGGGAGGUGGUAGAAUUGUUAGCUACGGUAAUAGCGAAUUUGGUAGAGGGGGAAGUUAUGCAAUUGAAAGCUACUUCGGAACCUGAACAGAAACCCACACCCAAAGGAUUCGAGGAUUAUAUGAGGAAGACAUACCUCAAGACGGCUAGUCUGAUGGCUAAGUCUGCUAGAGCCGCUGUGAUCUUGGGUGGAUGUGGGGAUUCAGAUGGAAGUGGGUUGAGUAAAGAUGGUGAAUGGGUAAAGGAUGUCGCUUACGGUUAUGGAAGGAAUCUGGGCAUUGCCUUUCAGUUGAUCGACGAUGCCCUCGACUUCCUUCCUCCCGAUCCAUCACUCGGCAAACCCUCUCUUGGAGCAGAUCUUCGUCUAGGUCUGGCGACAGCCCCAGCACUAUUCGCAUGGGAGAAAUACCCAGAGAUGGGUCCUUUGAUACUGCGUAAAUUCAGUGAACCCGGAGAUGUGGAGAUAGCGAGGGAGAUAGUGAAUAAAUCGGAUGGUUUGGAGAGGACGGUGGAGCUGGCUAGGACGUUCGCUGGAUCAGCUAGGGAAUUGAUUGAACUGUUACCUGAAUCGGGGGCGAGGGAAGCUUUGAUUGGGUUGACGAAGAAGGUAGUGGAGAGGGUCAAAUAG